AUGUGGGGCUGCCGGCUGCCGGCGCAUCGUUGCCCACCGCCGAGGCCGCACGACUUUGAAUACAGCAUCGCAUUAGCUCCAAGUGCGGCUGAAAAGCUCAACGAUCCCGUCAUGGCGCAAUUACCGGCUCAGACUCUGCAUAGGGAUCCCCAGCUCUUCUACUGGAUCCUGAUUCCCAUCACCGUUGUCAUGGUCCUGACUGGUGUUCUCCGCCACUACGCAUCCGUGCUCAUGACCACAACCCCGAAGAAGGCCGACAUCAAAGCCAUCCGCGAGCAGCGUGCUCUCGCUCACGGUGCCUCUCUAAGGACAAACUACCACGUUCUGUCGCGCAAGGCAUUUGAGACUCGACGUGAUUUCCUGAUUGAAGGAUUCGAAUCUGGCGCCUACCUCAAGGCACCGCAGCAAAAGGGCCAGCCUCCGGCCAACCCCAUGUCGGACCCCAACGCCAUGGAGGGCAUGAUGGGCAUGAUGAAGAACAACAUGGCCAUGAUCAUCCCCAACACCUUGAUUAUGAGCUGGAUCAAUGCUUUCUUCAGCGGAUAUGUCAUUAUGAAAUUGCCAUUCCCCAUCACUAUCAAGUUCAAGAGCAUGCUCCAGGCGGGUGUUCUGACCAAGGACAUGGACCCGCGGUGGAUGUCCAGCAUCAGUUGGUACUUCUUGUGUAUCUUUGGUCUCCAAUUUGUCUAUGUGUUCCUCCUUGGAAGUGACAACGCUGCGAGCCAAAUUGCUCAGCAAAUGCAGCAACAACAGAUGCCCGUUGGCCCCAUGGCCCCCGGCCAGGAUCCCCACAAGAUGUUCAAGGCCGAAGCCGAAAACUUGGCCGUCAUUGAGCACUAUUCCGUCCUGGACGGCAUCGAGGAGCGACUGCUGGAGAGGAUCAAGGUGUAA